GUCGAAAGGCAGUGUACUUAUAUAUACCCUUUCUUGAACCCCACAGUCCACAGUAAGACCUAGCCGCUUCUCAUUUUCUUGCCUCUUAAACCCUGAAAAUUUGUCUUCUUCAGAUAUCUAUGGCUUUCUACAACAAAAUUGGUGGUCUUUUGAGGCAGAGCAUUUCAACAAGUGGCAAUGCAUUGAACGCACAAUCAUCAGCACCUUCAAUGCUUAACGCCAUCCGUUGCAUGUCAACAAAGCUUUUUGUUGGAGGUCUUUCAUUUGGAACUGAUGAUCAGUCACUGAAGGAAGCCUUCACCAGCUUUGGUGAUGUCGUCGAGGCUAAGGUCAUCAUGGAUAGAGAUUCUGGGAAAUCAAAGGGAUUUGGAUUCGUGAACUUCACAGACGGCGAAUCUGCCCAUGAGGCUAUGUCAGCAAUGGAUGGACAGGAUCUCAACGGGAGGAACAUCCGCGUCUCUCUAGCCCAAGAGAGAGCUCCACGCAGUGGUGGUUUUCGUUCAGGUGGCGGUGGAUAUGGUGGUGGUGGAUUUGGCGGUGGCUAUGGUGGAUCUAGACAAAAUGAUGCAUACUAAGUAAAACUUGUAAUCUUUGCUCACUUGUCUAUACAGGCAUGGCGAAUUUCGUAGGUAGGAGAUAGGAUUUAAACGUGAUGUUGUGUUGAACGGAUUUUCCUUAGCUUUUAAUGUAUGCUUUUAUAUUAAGGUUUA